GAUAUUCGAGGGACUACACCCAGAGUGUCUACAGCUGGGACUGUCUGUGUGCGGCUCAAAGUCUCAUUAGAGAAGGGGGCGUGCAGGACACUGAAAUAUACGGCUGCCGCGAAACCAAGACCGAACAACACUGUUAGUCACGUCAUUUCAAGGCAGUGUGCACGGGCUUGAAAUUAGAAGGCAAACAUGUCGUCAUGGCAGAGCUACGUGGAUAACCUGAUGUCGGAUGGCAGCUGCCAGGAUUCCGCCAUUGUUGGGUACAACUCAGAUUCUAAAUACGUGUGGGCAGCGCACGAGGGGGGAACAUUCACAAACAUCACGCCCACAGAAAUUGACGUCCUUGUAGGAAAAGACAGAGUAGGCUUCUUCACCAACGGCCUGACCUUGGGUUCAAAGAAAUGCUCCGUUAUCCGAGACAGCCUCCUAGUCGACAGUGAUUGGACAAUGGACAUCAGGACGAAGAGUCAAGGAGGAGAGGCCACAUACAACAUUGCAGUUGGUAAAGCAGGCAAAGCGUUGGUUGUAGUCAUGGGCAAGGAAGGUACCCAUGGAGGGCAGCUCAACAAGAAAGCGUAUACCAUGGCUGAAUACCUGCGGAAAUCUGGAUAUUAAGACACCACCUCACCUAGCAGCUCAUUCUUACCACUGCUUACUGCUCAGAUGAGAUUGGCUUUAUUCAUUUUUCCCCCUCCGGUAUUUCCUGGUGUUUUACCCUAAACCCUGGUCAAUUUCCUGUUGUACUAUCCCAACCCCUACUGCAUUUCUUGUUAUUUGCCCCAACCCUAUUCUAUUUCUUGUUUUGUCCAGCCCCUAUUUUUUUCUUCUUCUGUUGUUCUACCCCAACACCUACUCCAUUUCUUGUUGGUCUACCUCAACCCCUAAUCCAUUUAUUGUUGUUUUGCCCCAAUCCCUAUGUCUUUUCUUGUUGCUCAUCCCUUACCCUAUUUCUUGUUUAACCCCAAUCCCUACUCUAUUUCCUGUCGUUUUACCAUGACCAAACCAUUUCCCCCAUUUUUACAAUUUUUUUUAUUUUAUUUUGUGUGUUUUUGUGUGUUCAGUCCCAUUUUGGCACUAGUAUAACAUCACUAAAUGUGAAAUAUUCAACACUAAAUCUUGGUGUAAAGACAAAUGUAAGAUUCUCAGCAGCUACAUAACAAGGGCUUGAGAUACCCCCCCUUCUAGAUCAUGUCUGGGAGAGGUCGACACAUCUUUGAGCCUUCUGAAUGGACCUUAUUCCAUGUAGACCGCAAAUUUGAUGUGAAUGAAAUAUGGCUGUGAGGGAUUGAAAUGGAGAUCAUUCAAUAUGUUGUACUGUUGAGUACCAUGGUGCGGGGUCGUUGAACAUGUUUUUCCAAACAAGUGCACUAAAAACUCAUUACCUAGAACCUUAUGACAAUACGAUCCAUCGAACUGAUUGUAUGUCUAUACCUUGCAGCCUCGUUUUCAUUAGCAUCAAAUAUAGCAUCUACCCUAAGGUCCAUUUCUUUAUUUUUCACCAACUUCAACACUCUGUUCAUUGUCAAAGACACUCCAACACUACUUGUGGAUGUCUACAUUUACUCUUACCAAUUGAUGCAUCCCAACAGUCUUUCUUAAUCUCUACCCUCGUUUCACAGACAUUCAUGGAAUAAUGAGGUUAGACAGCAUUAGGAGCUUGUACUCAUGUUGUUUGGCUGUCGAGCAAUGAUAUUGGGAUGCAAGCAGCAUUUCAUUAGGAGCUCAUUAGUACAUACAAUCCAUGAUUCAAUUCCCAUUGACAUUCCGUCAUUGCUGUAGCUCAGGCACGUAACUUUAUUUUGCUAGCUUGUGUGUAACAUUUCUUUUAUUUUUCAAGAUGACUGCCAUUUCUGACUUUGGGUAUUCCAACAUAACUGUUUGGGGAGUAUACAGUGUGAAUUUAUUUUUUUGGGAUCAGUUCUUACCAGUGCUUGAGUUAUAUUUUAUAUUUUUGCUGUUCUGUCAACUGUAAACUGAUAAACAAAACACUAUUGCCUGAAUGCAAGCGUGCAAAAAAAAAAAAAAGACGAUCUUAUUUUGUGAGGUCUUUCUUUUAACACUUGAAUUUAUAAACCCAUGCUGUCAUGAUUGUGGAAUAAAUUGUCUUGUUAAAGUCAUCAAUGCUACAAUUGUGUCAACUUGAUGCAUAAUCAAAUCCAAAUGUUAAUGUAGGUGUGACACUAAAAUCAUAAAAUGUAUAUCCUGUGCCAUAAUGUAGAAAACCUGUUGCUAUUUUAAAGGGUUUAGACCUCUAACCAAAUUCUAUCAGCACUUUGUUCAAGGUGUUUUAGUAUUGAUGCAAGUGUUCUGGCCUUUUGGGAUAUUUGUACAAAUUCAAAACCUCUGACUUUAGUUUAUUUCUUUCCCUGUACUACAUAAUCUUGGAUACAGAUAUGUCUGAUUUCAGAUGCAUAGGCCUAAACCAAGAAAUGCCAUUUAGUUUCACCACCUUGUUUACAGACAGAUUAAAUAAAUUUAUUCCAUACCAAAUGUUGAUUGUCAAAAUCAAUUGUUACCAUUUCAUUAAUGUGCAAACAGCUUAAAACAAUAAAUUUUUCUAAACCAA